AUGGGUGAUGCCAGCAAGAGUUUUACCAGGCUCCUAGCCGCUACGCUCCACCGAGGCGCCUCGAAAGAAGCCGUGUACGCAAUUGCGCACGUGCUUCAUGCCGUUUUAACCCUACUAUAUCAACGCGAACCUCGUCUAUCAAAGUGCGAAGGCCAUGCCUCAACGCCAGAGUUCUUGGCACCACCACUCUCCUUUGGUUGGAAGGGCAAUGCGGAUCACAUUCAAAGUGUGGAUUUGUGGAAUCAACACACGUUCCACGGCCAAGCACUACUGGCCUCAUGUAACUCUCACCAACCGAAUGAUGAUUUCUUGAAGGCAGCGACGUGUAACAACUUGCAGCAGGCUAAUGGCCAAGAAGAACUCAUUCAUGCGUUUAAGGAUAACAAACACACAUACGUGGAUGUACGCUUCACUCCUACAAUUCCUCAUUGCGCCAUGGCUACUUUGAUUGGGCUUGCUAUCAGAGUAAAACUGGUUCGUUCGCUACAUCCUAAGAUCAAGGCGGUCCCCAUGCGCAUCAGUGGUUUACGGUACCGCCUAAGCUGGAUUUGA